CUUGCCUGUAGGCCUUAUCUCUUCGUCUCGCAAAAGGGGAGACAGAAGAGAGAUCGAUUCCGACUAAAACCUCUCGCCGCCGACGACCAAGCUCGGAGACCUAUUGACCUAGUUCCUGAUGUCGGACGCCGAUGAUUACCGUUGCUUCGUUGGGAGCCUGUCAUGGAACACAACUGAUGUGGAUCUGAAGGAUGCGUUCGGGAAAUUUGGUCGAGUUACUGAGACCAAGGUGGUUCUUGACAAGUUCUCUGGCCGAUCACGUGGCUUUGGAUUUGUGACUUUUGAUGACAAGAAGACCAUGGAAGAAGCUGUUGAGGCUAUGAAUGGAAUUGAUUUGGAUGGAAGGAAUAUUACUGUUGAAAGAGCACAACCUCAAGGUUCAGGCAGGGACCGUGAUGGAGAUCGAGACUAUCGUGGUGGUGGUGACCGCUAUGGUGGUGGCCGUGAUUUUGGUGGCGGUCGUGGUGGUGGCCGUGGUGGUGGCGGUGAUUGCUACAAAUGUGGCAAGCCUGGUCAUUUUGCAAGGGAGUGCCCUUCUGGUGAUGGUGGGGACAGGUAUGGUGACAGGGAUGACAGGUAUAGUAGCAGGGAUGACAGGUAUAGUAGUAGGGAUGACAGGUAUGGUGGCAGGGAUGGUGGAAGGGAUGACAAGUAUGGUGGAAGCAACGGCAGCAGUCGCUAUGGGCCUGACCGUGGUGGUGAUCGCUAUUCUGGAAGCCGUGAUGGAGGAAGCCGCAGCAGUGGUGGCGGUGAUCGAUACAGCCGUGACAGGUCUGGACCGUAUGAUCGUCGCAGCCGAGAUGAAUACUGAUCUUGAUGGGGAGAUUCUGUCUCAGGUAUGAAAGGUAUUGGAUAAUACUAGUGGUAUGUUUGCUUUAUCACAUAAGGCAGCAAAUGGUUUGCUGUUGUACUCUUAUGAGAAGUUUAAUGCUUUUGUUAUCCAUGCUGACUAGUGCUCGGUUUACCAAUGUUCCUAUCUGGAUUUGGCUUGUAACUGGUUCCUUGGGAGCUUCAGUGGAUUGCGUUAUUUUGUCCGAGUUAUAUUUGGGAUCCAUGUUUCUGCGUUGGUCUGAUGGUAAAAGUCCUGUCAUGAUAGUGGCCUUUGGUGCUGUUCUUGUAUUGCAUCGCUGUGGUUAUUGGAAUUGCGGUCUUGAUGUCAAGGAUGUUGAAGAACUACAGCUCUUUAUUUAGUCUCGUUGUGGUCUUGAGGAAAGAAUCAACGUUCUGUGCUUGGGGUAACCAUCCCUCCUUAAAAUAUUCCAUCAGAAACAUGUGACCAAUGAAACAAAUGGUAAAACCUUUUGUUUCAAUUAUUCCUUCUUAAUAAGCUAUGAUUCUCACAGUAAUUUUUCGCAGGCAUUUGGCCUUUGUGUUCCUAUUGGUCUGCUUGGCUUAGUGCUAAAAUUUUGCUGUUCAACCAUGGGUCUGAAUGCUUGCUCUAGUACUGUUCUAUGGCACUUCCCUCAGUUAGACCAACAUAAGAUCUUGCUGGCAUGGGUCACUUUGUUCAUCAACACUUCUUUGGGCUCCUAGUAUAACGCACUGCUUCCUUGAGAACCUGGAAAGAGUUGCUCGCAUCACUGGGAUGGGCUCUCUCUUACCUUCAUUCCUGCUGCAACCCAAGUCGGAGGGCCCUUGAAAGUUCUAGAAUCUCCCAUGUGAAGGUUGAUCCUUUGUUUCUGUGUUUCUCAAAGGGGGAACUGUUUUGUUUCUCAGCGAAGGUCGCCCACACUUGCUUCUGGUUAACUUUCGCAGCAAGAAGGUGUAGUUGAAAAUAUUUAUGUGUAGGGUUCGGUGUCUUUCUUUUUGACAGUAGAGUGAGCUCCAAAUGUUUUAAGAAAGGCAGCCUGAUUCAUGUUGGCAAAUGCGUGUGCCAAUUUUGGCAGCCUGAGCUCCAACGAUUUUGUUGUUGCUGUGUUUGCCUUCUGUAAAUUUGUACAAUGCUUAAUUCACAAGCUGUUGGAAGUUGAGCUUUGUCGUAA